AUGACCUCUGAUCCAACCGAAUCCACUCCUCGUAGACCCCGAGCUACUACUACGAUGCUUCCGGCCAUCGCAUCGCCUUCCCCGCACCAGCUUGAGAGCCCUUCAGGGUCCAGCGAGCAUGGCCCAAACGGUACAAGUCAGGAGCCCCUGCGACAUCCGAAGCCACUUACCCCGUCCGACCUGCAUUUGAUGUUAGAGAAAGAGCAAGAGUCGAUGGUCAACCGGUUGACGCGAGAGCUGAGUGCUCUUCGACAGCAGACUGCGUCGGUAGCAUCCACUGCAUCGUCUACUUCAACCUUGGAUCAAGCGGCAGACGGGCCACUUGGGUCGCCCACUUUCAGCAACUCCACACAUUCUUCCCGGCGGCAACGAUCAUCCUCAAGCUUAAGCUCACAGAAUGCUUCUAUUCAACAUCAAUCCACCGCCAGUGUCACUGGUAUUGCUCCUUCUCGAACUGCCGACCCCUCGCGCCCGCCCUUCCAUAUCCCCCAUCGGACCUCUGUAUCCCAAACCCAUCUUGGCCUCUCGAGCAAUUCGCCAGGACGGUACGAGGAGGUUGCACUGCAUAAAGCUGAACUGGAGGCCGCGCGGCGGGAAAACGAGCAACUGCGACGGCGGAUUCGCGAACUGGAGCUUGUUUUAAAGAAGCAGAAGGAAGACUCUAUGGAUCCAGUGGACACACAGGCAGGGUGA